UUAUUAUUCCACUGGAAACAGACAUAGGUAUCAUCGUUUCCACGCAAUUCAUCAUUCAACGCCUUCUUCAAAUACAGCCAUUUUGCUAACGUCUUCUCCUCUUAUCAAACAAACACUCCCCUCAAACCAAUAAAAGGCUGAAUAAGAAUGGGGAGUUUGAGGGCGAUUUUGAAGAAUCCAGAUGAUUUGUAUCCAUUGGUAAAGCUGAAGCUAGCGGCUCGACACGCGGAGAAGCAGAUCCCGCCGUCUCCACAUUGGGGCUUCUGUUACUCAAUGCUUCAUAAGGUUUCUCGUAGCUUUGCCCUCGUCAUUCAACAACUUCCCGUCGAGCUUCGUGACGCCGUGUGCAUUUUCUAUUUGGUUCUUCGAGCACUUGACACUGUUGAGGAUGAUACCAGCAUUCCCACCGAUGUUAAAGUACCUAUUCUGAUCUCUUUUCAUCAGCAUGUUUAUGAUCGCGAAUGGCAUUUUUCAUGUGGUACAAAGGAGUACAGGGUUCUCAUGGACCAGUUGCAUCAUGUUUCAACUGCUUUUCUGGAGCUUGGGAAACAUUAUCAGCAGGCAAUUGAGGAUAUUACCAUGAGGAUGGGUGCAGGAAUGGCAAAAUUCAUUUGCAAGGAGGUGGAGACAACCGAUGAUUAUGAUGAAUAUUGUCACUAUGUAGCUGGGCUUGUUGGGCUAGGAUUGUCAAAACUGUUCCAUACCUCUGGGAAAGAAGAUCUGGCUUCAGAUUCUAUCUCUAACUCCAUGGGUUUAUUUCUUCAGAAAACAAACAUCAUUAGAGAUUAUUUGGAAGACAUAAAUGAAGUACCCAAGUGCCGUAUGUUCUGGCCCCGUGAGAUAUGGAGUAAAUAUGUUAAUAAGCUUGAGGAAUUAAAGUACGAGGAUAACUCGGCGAAGGCAGUGCAAUGUCUCAAUGACAUGGUCACUAAUGCUUUAUCACAUGUAGAAGAUUGUUUGACUUACAUGUCUGCUUUGCGUGAUCCUUCCAUCUUUCGAUUCUGUGCUAUUCCACAGGUCAUGGCAAUUGGGACAUUAGCUAUGUGCUACGACAACAUUGAAGUCUUCAGAGGAGUGGUAAAAAUGAGACGUGGUCUGACUGCUAAGGUCAUUGACCGGACCAGGACUAUGGCAGAUGUAUAUGGUGCUUUUUUUGACUUUUCUUGUAUGCUGAAAUCCAAGGUUAAUAAUAAUGAUCCAAAUGCAACAAAAACUCUGAAGAGGCUUGACGUGAUCCUGAAAACUUGCAGAGAUUCGGGAACCUUGAACAAAAGGAAAUCAUACAUAAUCAGGAGCGAGCCUAAUUACAGUCCAGUUCUGAUUGUCGUCAUUUUCAUCAUACUGGCUAUUAUUCUUGCACAGCUAUCUGGAAACCGAUCUUAGACGAUAUUUUGGGUUACAAAAAAGAAGUCUGGUCAAGGAAGACAGCACAAGCUCUUGGCCAAUUAUGUGAUUAGUGCAGAUUUUGAUGUUUGUAAUUCUAUGUUCAUUAAGUGAUAGUUGCACCUUUUAACCUGACAAGGUAAUUACGAAAACCUAUUUUUGGUGGCUUGUUGGGUAUGUACUUGUUUGCAAGCUACGAAAGCAAAUUCCAAGUGUUGUAGAGUCACCGUGAUGUAAUAAACAUGUCUUUUAUAAUAUUUUGUUCAUUUUUGUGGUAAAUUGAUGUUUA